CUUCUGCGGAAAACACCCAAGAAAAAAAAAAAAAAACACUAAACAACUGAAUCCAUGCCGAGGCUACUUUCUCUGCUCUACUUAUUUACCCCGCAGACUGGGGCUAAACUUUACUGGCUAUUGUGAUUCCUGCUGAUGACACCCACGCGUGUGUAGUGAAGGAGUCAGGAUAACACCCAAAAUCUGGCCUCUACGAACGGACAUGUGACCCUUGACUAUGGAAGUCCAACAUGGAAAAUACUGCCCAUGCCAGUGGAACGAUGGCGACAGGGGCUCAUGUAAUCAUUUGCCCAGGCGAUUACAUAAUUCCAAUUUAACCACAUCGACUGGGUGCAAUACUAUGGAGAGCCACUAUGGAAAUGAGAUUGUGAACCAGUCACGUUGCUGAUGCUGAAUGAGGAAAAAGACAAUCUCUGGAUCAUGUUGCUAAAGAGGCGGGUCCAGUUUGUGGAUAUGACACUGGACUGAGCCAAACGACAGCAUUUGAUGGAGUGACAACAACUGCAGCAAUGUAAGCAGGUGUCUCUCAUUUGUCAGUCCCGUCAGACAAUCAACAUACGGAAGGGAUUUCGUACACUUAUAUGGAUUCAAAACGGAUAUAGCUGAUGAAUCUUCAAAGAAUUUGAUCGACGCCUGUGCCAAAACAAUCGUGUCCUCUAGUUGGAAAGAAGAGAACGCUUAGUGUUCAUUAUGCCUCGAAACCGAGCUUUCUCGGAGCCCGAGUAUUCUGCCGAAUAUUCCGCAGACUGUUCAGUGACUCUGCCCUCUGACCCAGGGCAGGCUGUCGGGCGGACGCACGAGGUCACGGUGAGGAGCUCAGGAUGCUGCCUUUGCCUUCCCCGUUUCAUGCGCCUCACCUUUGCGCCAGAGUCUCUGGAGAACCUCUACCAGACCUACUUCAGGCGUCAAAGGCACGAAACCUUACUGGUACUGGUUGUGUUUGCGGCUCUUUUCGACAGCUACGUUAUUGUCAUGUGUGCAGUGGUAUACACCGGUGACAAACUGGCAUCUGUCCUCGUGGCAUCUGUUGGGCUGCUGGCAGAAAUCAUCCUCUACCUACUGUGUCGCUAUGGGGUUCUGCCAGAUCGCAUCUCAAGGCGGGUUGUACCCUACGCCCUGUGGGUGCUCAUAGCGGCACAAAUAUUUUGCUACUUGGGUUUGAACUUCGCCCACUUUCACCAGGCCAGCGACACAGUGGGCUGGCAGGCUUUCUUCAGCUUUUCCUUUUUCCUGACUCUACCUUUGAGGUUAACACCCAUUGUACUUAUAACGGCAGUCACGUGUGGUGUUCAUACCCUAGUUCUGGGUGUCACUAUCGCCCAGCAGCAACAGGAGGACAUCCAGGGGGCAGCACUUGGCAGACAGCUCCUGGCCAACAUUGUGAUCUAUGUUUGCGCUAUCACCGUGGGUGUUAUGUCGUAUUACAUGGCAGACCGGAAGCACAGAAAGGCCUUUCUUGAGGCAAGACAAUCUCUGGAAGUCAAACUCAACCUGGAGGAGCAAAGCCAGCAACAGGAACGCCUACUGCUGUCCAUCCUUCCAAAACAUAUAGCUGAUGAGAUGCUGCAGGACAUGAAGAAGGAGCCCAGUCAGAAAGAGAUGCAACAGUUUAACACCAUGUACAUGUACAGACAUGAAAAUGUCAGUAUUUUGUUUGCAGACAUAGUGGGCUUUACCCAGCUGUCAUCAUCAUGCAGUGCUCAGGAGCUGGUCAAACUGCUCAAUGAACUCUUUGCUCGGUUUGACAAACUUGCCGCAAAAUAUCACCAAUUGCGGAUCAAGAUCCUAGGAGACUGUUACUACUGUAUCUGUGGGCUCCCGGACUACAGGGAGGACCAUGCCGCCUGUUCCAUCAUGAUGGGCCUCGCCAUGGUAGAAGCCAUCUCGUAUGUGCGUGAAAAAACCCAAACAGAUGUCGAUAUGCGUGUUGGAGUGCAUAGCGGUACAGUCUUGGGUGGCGUGCUCGGUCAGAAACGUUGGCAAUAUGACGUGUGGUCCACUGAUGUCACUGUUGCCAACAAGAUGGAAGCUGGAGGGAUACCUGGUCGUGUCCACAUUUCUCAGACGACCAUGGAGUGUCUUCAUGGGGAGUUCGAAGUGGAGCCAGGGAAUGGAGGUGAGCGCUGUGACUACCUGAGGGAGAGAGGACUCGAGACCUACCUUGUCGUUGUUUCUAAAGGACCUGUGGGGAAAAAUGGCAUUAACAGUGUAAAACUAUCUGUAACUUCAUCCAAUGGAAACUCCCCUCUGCUGAUCAACACCACAGAUUGUAACGGUAGCAUGAAUACAGCAUGUAUCACACCAGAUGAACCUGAAGAACUUGACACAAGGGUGGUAAACCCUUCUUUCCCAAAUCCUCGCCGGCGGCUGCGGCUACGGGACCUUGCUGAAAGAGUGAUUGAUGCACAGGAGAAUGAACAGGAACUCAACAAAUUGCUGAAUGAGGCUCUGUUGGAGCGAGAGACGGUCCAAGCUUUAAAGGGGAAGCACACAAACCGUCUCUCCCUGAGGUUUGUUGACCCAGACUUGGAGACUCGUUACUCUGUGGAGAAAGAGAAGCAGAGUGGAGCUGCCUUCUGUUGCUCCUGUGUCGUGCUGCUCUUCACUGCUGCCAUGGAGGCCCUCAUAGAUCCCAGGUUGAUUGCAAACUACAUCACAUUUGCAGUGGGAGAAGUUUUACUCCUCAUCCUGACCAUCUGUUCGUUAGCCGCUAUCUUCCCUAGGGUUUUUCCAAAGAAACUUGUCAGUUUCUCCACUUGGAUUGACCACACUCGCUGGGCUCGUAACACCUGGGCCAUGGCAGCCAUCUUCAUACUUACCAUGGCUGACAUCGUUGAUAUGCUGAGCUGUCUGCCUCAAGGUCUUGACAUGGCAUCAUCUUCCUCCACCUGGUCUAGCCCUGAAGGUUGUCUGAACAACCCAAAAUAUUAUAGCUACAUUGCUGUUCUGGCACUUAUGGCCACCACCAUGCUGGUUCAAGUUAGUCACAUGGUCAAGCUCACACUGAUGCUGCUUAUCACAGUGGCAACUGGUGUUGUUAACAUAUACAGUUGGAGGGACAUCUAUGAUCGCUAUGAUAUGGCCCGCUUUCAAGAUUACAGGUCAAAUCUAGUGCCCUCUAAGUUGACAAUGACAGUUAUGAUCUUCAUAAUGAUGGUCAGCUUUUAUUAUUUCUCCCGACAUGUGGAGAAACUUGCUCGUACCCUAUUCCUGUGGAAGCUUGAGGUUCAUGAGCAGAAGGAGAAGGUAUAUGAGAUGAGGCGAUGGAAUGAAGCAUUGGUGACCAACAUGCUGCCCGAACAUGUUGCUCGACACUUUCUAGGCUCCAAGAAAAGAGAUGAGGAGUUGUACAGCCAGUCAUACGAUGAGAUUGGAGUCAUGUUUGCCUCCAUCCCAAACUUCUCUGACUUCUACACAGAGGAGAGCAUCAAUAAUGGAGGCAUCGAAUGCUUACGCUUCCUGAACGAGAUCAUCUCAGACUUUGACAGUUUGCUAGAUGAGCCUCAAUUUCGCUGCAUCACGAAAAUCAAGACCAUUGGAAGCACCUACAUGGCAGCAUCAGGUGUUACUCCUGAUGUUAACAAUGGGUACAACUGCAUGAAGCAGAAGGAGGAGCAGUCGGACAAAGAGCGCUGGCAGCACCUAGCAGACUUGGCGGACUUUGCGCUAGCCAUGAAGGUUACGCUAAUGAACAUAAACUACCAGUCAUUUAAUAACUUCAUGCUGCGAAUCGGUCUGAAUAAAGGAGGAGUUUUAGCAGGAGUGAUUGGUGCACGCAAACCUCACUAUGACAUCUGGGGAAACACAGUGAAUGUUGCCAGUCGUAUGGAGUCUACAGGGGUGAUGGGAAACAUUCAGGUGGUGGAGGAUUGCUAUAAAAUUCUCAAAGAGUACGGCUUCCGCUUUGUGAGGAGGGGGCCUAUCUUUGUCAAAGGAAAAGGGGAGCUCCUCACGUAUUUUCUGAAGGGUAGGGACAAACAAGGUUCCUUUCUGAACGGAUCAUCUGUCACGCUUCCACAUCAAGUUGUGGAUAGUUGAACCCAAAUGUGAGCAUACUGUUCUAAAAGCCAAUGUUUGCUCGAUUCCAAGAAGUCAUGAAAACAACUUUGAAUGAGAAGUCAUUUGCCUUGAAACCAUGAAAUGCCCUCACACCCAAGACACUGCCUACAAGUCUCUCCGGAAUUACAUUUUUUUCCCAGCCUUGACAUCUCCAGUUAUUUACCAAGGACAUGCUUUAACAGUCAUCUGUGUCAACAGGCCGAACAUUGCUGAAGAUGUCUUAACUUCCAUGAUAAACUGAUUCCCUCUUUUAUGCCAUUAGAGAAUGUAUUUCUAAUUCAGUGUCUUGGUCAACUAGAAUUGUUUGUUAUAGGAAGACAUACUGUACUCCAUAAUAGGAAUUCUGGAUAUACGUCUUUGUAAAAAUUAAUAUUAUAUAUAACUAUCAGAGGUGGGUAGUAACGCGUAACGUUUACUUUUAGUACCUUUUUGGAGAAAAAUGUACUUCUAAGAGUAGAUUUAUCAUUCCGUAAUGUUUACGAAGAAUAAACACUACUCUUACUCCGCUACUUUGGGCUACACUACAGUACAGUCGUUACAUUUUUCCUCUUUAUUCUAAAUAUUCAAUUAGACUUUAUUUUUGCCAGCACAGUGGCUCUACCAGUUUCCCCAAUGAGACAUCGCAACUGUAAUCGCAUGACUAAUCAGUAGUAGCAAUACAGUCACAGGACCAGUCUUACAGUUGGAAGUCCUAUGAACACACCGGCUUAUUCAAUCACAUUCUGUCUUUAAAGGGCAGUAAAAAAUACAAUUUUUCACAUAGAGUGCCUCCAAAAACAUGACUCGAAAGCGCGGAUUUCAACCUCUCUGCCAGUUUUUAUUUUGCACCAUUAGACCACGGAAAACUGGACUUGUUUUACUUUCAUGGUAGGAAAACUAUUUUCUCCACUAGAGGGCACUCAUGCUCUUUGGACGGGUGAUGUUUCAUUUCUGUAGAUUUUUCCAGUCGACUAUUUUUGUGUAUUUGUUUAGCCUAAUAACAGUUCAUAUACAGUGGUACCUCUACUUAAGACAUUAAUUGGUUCUGGAAGUAGUCUCCUAACCUGAAAAUUUUGUAAAUAGAGAUACGUUUUACACAUAGGCGUAAUUUGACUUUUGUGGCAGGGUUGGCAAAACGUGUUGAUGACCCCGAAACGCGGUGUCAACAAUAAAAUUAACCUACAAGCUAUAUGCUCACUCACACCCUUAAAUAUGGUGCUGCGGUUGUGGCUCUGUUGCACAAUUAGCGUCUUUAGUGGACAAACUGAAAAUCCGCUCACCAUUUUGGCGGUGCUGUCCGGCAAUUCAUGGUCCACAUCUCCAAUUCUUGGUUCUCGCUCAAUAGUUGUUCUCGCUUUUAAAAGCUUGGGUUAGAAAAAAAAAAUACAUAAUCCAUCCUGUUUCUUCUGUCUUCAGGUGGUUUUGGCUAAGCAAAGCAAAAUACCAUCUCUAAAGUGCCAAUCAGAUGAUCUGUACGAAAAUUAAUUUUGACCCAUUUAAAAAAAAAAAAAAAAAGUUUUGUCUAUUUCAUUAAUUUUUGUUGUUUGUUUUGUUGCUUAACAACCUUUAUAGACAACAUUUUACCGGCAAAGUCUUAAUCUUAAAUUCAUGUAUUGGGAAGUCAAUUACAUGCAAUGGCAAUUAUGGCCACCUGGUG